UUCGUGGGUUCUAGUGCAUUAUAUUUAUUAAAUACUUAACUAAAAUAAUGUUAUAACAACCAAAAUACAUAGAAUAACUAGAUAUUCUUUAAUAAUACACCAUCGUUCAGCAGUGUAUAGUGCUUGUUUUUAAUUAAGCACUUGUCAAAUGAAUCAUAUGUUUGGAGUAAUUAACUGUGUCAAUGUUUGUAUACUAAUGACAGUUUCAAAAAGUGAACUUUAGUUUUUUAAAUAUGAAUAUUCCAACAAGUGCUGGAAAGUCUCCGUGUAAGCGACAGGAAAAUGGCGACCAAACAAUGGAAUCUGAACGCCCACUUAAAAAGGCUCGUUUUGCGUGGCAAGUUAAAGGAAAAUAUCAUUUGAGAAAUGAAACUUCAGAGAAUAUUACCUCAAAAUCUGAUGAUUUGGUUCAAGCCGGUUCAUCGUCAGGAAAUGUUUCAGCAGAUCUUGUUGGAAAUACCGAACAGAAUUUAGAAAUCCUCGGGGAUUAUUUGUUGAAGCAGGACUUUAACACAUUAGAUUCUGUUAUAACAGACAACGAUAAAACUUUACCGAACACGAACACGUCCAAUGAAAAACUCGAAUAUCCUAUAUACGUUAGCUCUUACAGUCGAGGGUCCAGCAGUAGUUCUAGGCAAUCAAGUGAUACAUCAUAUUCAGCAUUACCCAUGUCAAUGGUUCUGUCACAAAGCUACACAGAAGAUCAGUGCAUAGCAAGAUGGCAAGCAAGACAGAUGGCCAAAGGCUUUGUUGACAACACAAUCAACCGAGUUUUAGACUCCUGGCUAGUGGCACCAUUACCAGCUGAGAUGGACAACAAUAGAUUCCUAGCCUUAGAUGUUGCUGAAUUUAUAAAUAAUUUACCAGGUGAUAAUACAGUUGAAAACGAGGGUAUUUUGAUGGCAAUAUCAGCUCAUGGACUACAGAACACUUCAACAUCCAGUGGUUCUAAAAAAAGUGAGUCAGAUCAAAGUGAAAUGUUGAACCAGAAAAGUGAAUGUAUGAGCCCGCCAAGUAGUCCAAUACCAUCAGACGAUGAACCCUUCACUACAGAUGACCAUAUAGAUAGUAACUCAAGUAAUUUAGACAUGGCAUGGUCAUACUCCGAUGAAACAAUGAGAAAAAAUGUGAAUAACUUAACUCAAUUAGCAUUACUACCAGAUACAAAUCCACAAUACCAGUAUUUUAACGAGACUGAAAAUCUCCAAGCUGCCAACAUAGAUUAUGAUAAUAUUAGAUCAAAUGACAGUGAUUUUGACAAUCAAUUAGACUUUCUAGACGCUGCUGUAUCAUUUGCGAUACAAAAUAAAGGUUUGACAUCAGAUGGUACUGAUUAUGGUUAAACUAUUGUAUUUUACAUUCCUUAUUAUAGUGAAUACUAGCACAAAAUAGCAAAUAGGCAAAGGUAGAGAACUUAGACUAGAUGUACGGGACUGACUCAAACUGGAAGAACAGCAAAUAUUUGGAUAGAAAUAGAUUUGAGGUUACAGAAAAGUUAAGUCUGUGAUUACUAAAUUAUUUUUAAAUGCUUAAUACAUAAAUUUUUAUAGCUUAUGAAACAAAAUAAUGUAUUGUAUAAUUGUAUACCUAAUUUGUAUUUACUGAAAGAAUGACUAGCGCAUUAGGUAAUAGAUAUUUGGGCAUAGAUAUAUAACAUAUAGGAGUGUUUCAUUCAAGUUUGUCUAAUCAAGUGUUGAAUUACAACACUGAGGGAAUUUACCCAAACAAAAGAGGGCUCUGGUACAUAUCUAUAGAUUAUAUAUCUAUGUAUUUAGGUUUAGAAGUGGAAUAUAGAAAAUUACCAUAGAGUUAUAUUGUUAGAAGGCUAGGCACUGUACUUUAAAACUGUAACUUCUAAAAUUAUAGCCCAUACGAAUUAAUUUGGGACUGCUAGAAUGCAACCACCUUAAGACUUCACUCUGGUUUUGCGUCCAGUAGAUAUAUUUAUCUGGACAACAGUAUAUUACUAAGUAUCAUCAUCGGCUCACUAUACAUCCUCACCGAGGGGUUUGGAGUUAAUCCUAAGUUAGGGUUGACUAUACCCAUUCCAAAAUAAUUUUAUUUUGCAUCAAUAUGCAGUUAGCCGAUGCCCAAAUUUAAUUCGUAUGGCAUAUAAAAUAUGUUACUAUUUCCUAACAUUUAUGCUUAUUUGCCUUUCUCAACAAAAUAGUACGCUAAAAGAAUAAUUUAAUACUUUUAUAUUUCUCUAUUUAAACAUAUGUUACCGAUGACUGCAACAUGCAACAGUAUUUUAUAUUUUGGGUUUUAUUAG